AAAGGUAAUGCUCUGAAGAAAUUAGAAGAACGGAUUUAGUCAUUUAACUUAAUUUAUAAUUAAACAACCACCAGCUUUUCCCUCUAAUAUUUAUUCCAUCUUAGCCCAAAUUUUUUUACGCAGCAGGCCCUGCUUCUCUGUCGUCCACCCUGCCACCUUCUUUUAUCUAUAUUUUCGGUUAAAACUCGAGCAAUGACUCGGCUAUUUCGAUCCAAAUCUUGCGGACUCGUGGGACUCACUGAGUUCAACCUGGACCCUGUGAGUCCAUUUUACCACAACAAGCACAACGACGAGGAGGAGGAAGAGGAAGAGGAAGAUGUAGAACUUGAGGACGAGGAUUUCGGUGACGAGGUUCUGGUCGACCCCAUCUCGACCACCACCCCGUUCAUAAGUCCGGGGUCGAGAACUGCUGCUGAAAAUAGUCAAGGUCGGCAACAGUGUCAUGGCGCUCAGUCUCCAAUACUGGAUAUUCUGGUCACUGCGCUGAGGAAGUCGCUGGUGACAUGUAGUGUGGAGAGGGAGGAUGUUUCUUCCAUGGAAAUUAGCUGCCCGACCGAAGUGAAGCAUGUUUCGCAUGUGACUUUUGAUAGGUUCAACGGCUUUCUGGGGUUGCCCUCUGAGCUUGAGCCUGAGCUUCCCAGGAGGGUGCCUAGCGCCAGUGCAAGUGUUUUUGGAGUGUCUGCAAAGUCGAUGCAGUGUUCAUAUGAUGCCAGAGGGAAUAGUGUUCCGACAAUUCUUCUUAUGAUGCAAAAGAGACUGUAUUCAGAAGGAGGCCUAAGAGCCGAAGGAAUAUUCCGCAUAAAUGCCGAGAAUAGCCAAGAAGAAAAUGUUCGAGACCAGCUAAACAGAGGUGUAGUGCCACUUGGAAUUGAUGUUCAUUGUUUAGCAGGCUUGAUAAAGGCAUGGCUUAGGGAACUUCCAACAGGGGUACUUGAUUCUGUCACACCAGAACAGGUGUUGCACUGUAAUACAGAGGAUGAUUGCGUUGAACUCUUAAAAUUACUACCUCCAACAGAAGCUGCUCUGCUUGACUGGGCCAUCAAUUUAAUGGCAGAUGUUGUGGAGCACGAACAGUCCAACAAGAUGAAUGCACGCAAUAUCGCCAUGGUUUUUGCACCCAACAUGACUCAGAUGGCAGAUCCUUUGACUGCAUUGAUCCAUGCAGUGCAAGUUAUGAACUUCCUUAAGACACUCAUUCUUAAGACCAUACGAGAAAGAGAGAAAUCAGUUGCCAAUGAUAGGCGGCUCUCUUCAUGUUCGUAUUUUCCCAGCCACAGUGAUGACCCAAUUGCUUCAAAUUUGGGCAGGGAAGCAUCAAGUGAGCAAUCUUCGGAUCCUUGUGCCACCUAUGGACGUAGCAAUAGUAGCUUCUUGAGGACUAACACUCUGAACAGGCUGGAAUCCGAGACUUUGGAGAAACUUUGGAGCUUUGAAAAGAAUAGUAAUGGGGAAGAGGAAUUUGAAUACAUGUCCAGUGACAACUCACCAACUAGUCAUGAAAUGGGAGCUUUAGAAAACGGAUGUAGAAGCGGAUAUGACUCCGGGGACUGGCUAAAUUUGAGAAAAGGCGUGCGAAAGCUAUGCAGGCAUCCGGUGUUCCAAUUGAAUAAGCCAGCUAAGAAGACUGAUCAAAGUCUUGGAAUUGUAAUUAAAUACUAGAGGAGGAGGAGGAGGAGAAGCUUGGGCUUAGAAUGGUUCUUAAUUUUCCUACCUUGGGUAGUUUGCAUGAUGUUGUUAAAAGCUCGUUUGUGUAACAUUGUAAUAGCAUAGAGAUCGAUGUCUGUGUUUUGUUCUGUAGUAAGAUCGACCUCGAUCUGCAGGUACUAACUAAAGCUAUAGCCUAAUCGACAGUGAUUUCCGAGGCGGGCUGCCUCACCUUGUAUGAUAUGUAAAGACUUUUGUUUCCUUUAUAACAAUGUCAAAGAUUUGAUGGAAA